AUGUGUGUGUACGUGUGUCCAGUUAAUACUUCCCUGCCUGUACUGGUGGAUGCAAAGGCUGUGCUCUCUUGUCCUUCUAUCCUGUUGACAAAUGUGGUCGUGAUAACAUGGGAAAUAUUCCUCAGUGACAAGCCUUCCUGCAUCAGAGCUUACAGGAGAGACAAAAAUGAGACCACAGAAAAAAACUGCACUGACGGGAGAAUGACCUGGCCCGACAGACCUGACCAGAAUUCUGCCCUUCAGAUUGACCCAGUGGCCAUCACUCAUGAAGGGUAUUACAGGUGUACAGUGGCAACACCUGAUGGGAAUUUCUAUCAUGGAUAUCAACUCCAAGUGCUAGUGGCCCCUGAGGUGACUCUGUUUCAAAGUGAGAAUAGAACUGCAGUGUGCAAGGCAGUUGCAGGGAGGCCAGCUGCUCGGAUCUCCUGGACCCCAGCAGGAGAUUGUGUCCCUCAGUAUGAAUAUUGGGGCAAUGGCACAGCUACUGUCCAGAGCAUGUGCCACUGGGCAGAUGUCAAUGUGUCUAUUGUGUCCUGCUCUGUCUUCCAUGAGACUGGCAACUGGAGUCUGUCCAAAGACCUGAAUCCAGGUGUCAAAACAUCAAAAACCUUAAUUAUUCUAUAUAGCAUCCUUCCUAUUAUUAUCGUGGUUAUCGUGGGAUUCAUUUGGCUUUUGAAAAUCAUUGGCUGCAGAAAAUAUAAAUUGAAAAAAACAGAACCUACUCCAGGUGUUGAGGAGGAUGAAAUGCAGCCUUAUGCCAGCUAUACAGAGAAGAGCAAUCCACUCUAUGAUACUACAAACAGGGUGAAGACAUCUCAGGUGUUACAAAGUGAAGUUGAUGGGAUGAAUCUCCAUACUUUAUAAAUUGCUGGAAUCUAGGACCAGGAGAAAUGAAUUGAGAUACAAUGCAGUCACUGUUUUGAUUUUCUUAGAGUUGUAGAAAGGAAGACCUGUUUCGAAAUUAGAUUUUCAAAUAUUCUUAGAAGAUAGAGAUGUUCUAAAGGAUUUGCAUUCAUAUCCUUAUGCAAUUGAAAUUUUAGAAUCUUAGCUGCUAAUAGCUAGUUCUCUGAAGAACUGAUAUUAUUACAAAGAAAUCACAUGUUUAUGAUUAAAUAUUCAAAUUGUUCAGUACAGUAGGUAAUGAAAACUGGUUCCCUCAAUAAAUAAUUCUGCAGAAGGAACAUUCAUGAACAGGUUUUAUGCAUUCUUUCAGAAAAUUUCUGUGUGCUUAUGAUAUAUUUAUAUACCCAUGAUAUAUGUGAAUAUUAUAUGUCUAUUUACAUAUACAUACAUAUAUCCUUGAUGACACACAAAUGAGAAAAUGCUACAAUGCUGUUCUGUACUUAUAGAAAGCUAAUAAUAUAAUAUGUCUUGUUAAAUCUUUUAUCUUUUAUCCACACAAACAGAGCUACCUCAUUCUUCUUAAUGUUAGAUAAAAUUUCAUUGUAUGGUUGUAUUGUAAUUUAACUAACCACAACUCUUGUGAUGGACAGUUAGAUUGUUUUAAGUUUUGUUUAUUUGUUUGUUUUGCUAUGAUAAACAAUACCAUACAGAAUGUUUCUUCUGGAUAUGUCUUUGUAGUUGAGUAUAUUUAUAGAGUAAUUUCCUUGAGUGGAAUUUACAGGUCAAAGGGUUUGUGCAUUCUUAAUAUUGAUUGAUAUGUCAAAUUGUAUCUAUUUACAUUCCCUCUAAUUGUAUUUGAAUGUGCCUUUCUCCAUACUGUUAUUUUAGUAUCUACAAAUUCCCACUUUUUAUUGUUAAUCAACCAGUUAGCUAAUCUGAUGCAAAAUUAUAGUAAGAACUAGAGGCCUGGUGCACAAAAAUUUGUGCACUUUGGGGGGAGGGGUCCCUCAGCCUGGCCUGUGCUCUCUCGCAGUCAGGGACCCCUUGGGGGAUGACCACCUGUUGGCUUAGGCCCGCUCCCCAGAGGAUUGGGCCUAAGCUGGCAGUCAGAUAUCCCUCUGGCAGCCCGGGAGCCCUCGGGGGAUGUCCACUUGCCAGCAGGGAGCAGGCCUAAACUGCAGUUGGACAUUCUUAGUGCUGCUGAGGAGGCAGGAGAGGCUCCCACCACCACUGCUGUACUGGCAGCCAUCAGCCUGGCUUGUGGCUGAGCAGAGCUCCC